UUUUUGUGUUUUUAGGUUUUACAAUUUUCGAAAUUUUGAAUCGUAAUAGAAGCGCCAUUUUCUCGUAUCCCUAAUUUCAAAAUCCUCUUCAGUAGCUACUACUACUGUUCAGUUUUCCCCUGUAAAGCUCCUCCUCUAAUCGACAAAAUCUGAGUUUCCUGUUUCCUCUUCCCUACAAAAUCAAGUUUCUCAGGAUGGAUUUUAGUUUUAACACAGCAACAGAAUCGGACAAGGUCGACUCAGCCUUGUGGCCGCAUAAUUCUAAGUCAUUAAUAGCAGAUAUCUUAACAGAGAUUGAUCAGAAUGUUCAAAAAAUGCUGAUAUUGAUUAAAGAUGGUGAAACCGAGUCAACGGAGAAGUUUCUUUGCUUAUAUCAAUCUCUUGGUGAGACUUACAACGAUUUGAACCAGGAGCUCCUCAAUGGUCUUCUCAAUGUUGAUUUUAACGUGCCAUCUUCAGACCACAACAACGCCUCUUCUCUUGCAGCAACUCCACUGAGCUCCUUUAAGUCAGGAGGAGCCUCUCUUAAGAACCAACUGGUCUCACCUGGUAGCGAGAUGCUGCAGAGCUUGAAAGGAGAUGGUGAUGUUGAGAAGAACCACUCUGCAUUUUUGCUUGCUGAUAUGUUUUGGGCCGAGCUUGAAACUGCAAGGAGAGAGUUAGAAGCAAGGAACAUCGACAUUGAGACUGAGAAAAAGCAUGUGCUUGACUUAGAAAGUAAGCUUUCAGAAUCGUGUUCCAAGAUUAAGAAUUUAGAAAGCGAGCUUGACGAUAUUAAAGGGUGUUUAGGUGUAUCAGAAACCGAGGUUUCAAAGCUGUGGGAAAUGUUAAAUGAAUGCAAGACCGAGAAAGAGAAACUGCAGGCCGGUGACGCUGCUGACUUGUUAGAUAGCCUAAGAGCAGAGUUGAAAUCAAGGGAAGACCAGAUUGAGCAAAUGGAGGAGUAUUUGAACCAGGUGUGUCUUAAAGAGACUGAGAUUACGUCUGAAUCAGGAACCAACAAGAAUGUUGUGGAAGAACUGAGAGCUAGAGUUGCAGUGCUGGAGAAACAAGUGGAGUCUCAGAGAAAUGUGAUAACAGAACGAGAGGAAGAAAAAAGAGAGGCUAUAAGACAGCUCUGUUUCUCCCUUGAUCAUUACAUGAGCAGAUAUUCAGAGCUUAUAAGAUCACUUUCAGACAACAACAAAGGUAUACCUUGUUAAAUAACUUGUAGUAGAGAUUAUGUGCUUUUGAGUGAUGCAAACUAAUAUCUGACUUCAUCUCAUAAUCAGAACUAGUGCAGAUCUAAACACAUGUUGCAUUAUCUUCUUCUUCAUGUUUUUUUCAUUGAAAGAGUUUUAUAAUGCUGAGAUAGAACUUUAAGAUAUCAUUUCAGUGAUUGUAUAUAACUUAAUUUCUUAUCUUUUAAUAUUAAAUCGUUAACAGUA